GUUGUCACGUGGUGCAAACAACACAUUCUGCCGCCAAAACGGUCUCUUGUAAGACGUGUAAUAAUACGAAGUGGCUUUAUAGCAAGAAAAAGCUGAAACCCAAACAGAUUAUUUGCUUGUUAUUUAGUGGGUAAACUUAGCAAAGAGGUGCUUAAUAAUGUUUUGUGAAAAGGCGGUUGAACUUAUAAGAGAACUUCACCGGAUGAAUGACGGCCAGUUACCUGCUUUUAACGAAGAUGGCAUUCGACAAGUGCUUGAAGAAAUGAAAGCUUUAUAUGAACAAAACCAAAGUGAUGUCAAUGAAGCCAAGACUGAGGGCAAAACUGAGCUAAUACCAACCAUCAAGUUUCGUCACUGCUGCCUGCUGCGGAACCAGCGCUGUAUUGCAGCCUACCUAUAUGACCGUCUUCUUCGAAUCCGUGCUCUCAGGUGGGAGUACGGAAGUGUGUUGCCCACAACAAUUCGGUUCCACAUGUGUGCAGAGGAGUUGGAGUGGUUUAAUCAGUACAAGAAGUCACUGGCCACUUAUAUGAGGUCACUUGGAGGAGAGGAGGGUUUAGACAUAACACAAGACAUGAAACCCCCUAAGAGCCUGUAUAUUGAGGUGCGCUGCCUGAAAGAUCAUGGGGAGUUCGAAAUCGAUGAUGGAACAGUUAUUCUCUUGAAGAAGAAUAGCCAGCAUUUUUUGCCUCGAUGGAAGUGUGAGCAGCUGAUUCGGCAGGGAGUUCUGGAGCACGUCAUUUCUUAAUGUGACCCCUAUAUAGCUGGUUAUGACAGUUACUCACUGUAAAGUAACAUUUGUGUCUGUUAAUUGUAUGUAUUAGAAUAAUUCAAAGAAUUCAUCAAAUCAGUGUCCAGGUGUUUUGCUAUGUGAAAUAUUUACUAUCAAACUAUCAAGUGAUGUGUGCAACAUCGCAAUCACACUGCCAGCAUGUCUUAAUCAGAUCCCUUUUUCCCCAUUUUUAAAUAAAUGUAAUACAGUAA